CCAACUCGAGAGAGCCAUGGCGGCAGUGAUAUUCAGAGGAAGAGAGUCUCAGAGAAUGAGAGAAGAAAUCGAUGAUGAAGAUAAACGGGAAACAAGUGAGACAGAGAUGCUUCUGAUCUAUAAACUAGAGUUUGUGGUCGUUCUGUUGGUGGAAUUAGGAUGAGAAGCUACUGCUACAGAUCGAGAAAGAAUUGUAGAUGGUAGAGAAAUUGAAAAGCUGUGUUGAAUCUGUAACGGGUUGAGAUGAUUGGGUUGUUGUUGGUUCUUUAAAAGAAAGAAGAUGGUGGUUGUUCUCAUUAGAUGUAUGUUAGGACUACAGGGAAUGUUGGUAUGGCAGUGAAGAAGAAGAUUUUAAUUGAAUAUAAGUUUGAGCUUGUGUGAUUUGGGAUUUGAAGAAGCUACAGAAAGUGAAGAGACUCUAGGGUUUGGUGAAUCUGAAACUUCAGUUCAAGUCUUGAGAUGUUGAUGAUGAUGUUGGAGUUGAGAGAUUAUUGUGAUGUGUUGGAUUACUGAAUACAAAGAGUUGGAAUGAAUGUUGGAUCUCAGAUGGAGGAAAAGAAAUGUGAUGCUGUUAGGUUCACUGCAGGCGCUCAGAAGAUGUUGGAUAAGAUACUGUUGUUGAUAUUCAUGGGUGUUGCGGGCAGUGCUGGUGGUGUAGAGAAUAUGACAGUGAGUUAUGGAAGUAAUGGAGAAGCUCAUUGCUGCCAUGAAAAUGAAAUGGGUUUGUUGGUGUUGAACUGAAGCAGCUAAUUGAAGUUGUAGCUGGGUUAAUUGGUGCUUGCAGGGUGAAGUAAUGAGCUGAAAUGCAGAGACAAAGGACAAGAAAUUGAAGCUGUAAUGGAGUUGAAUCUAGUGAAUGCAGUGAGUGGUCUGAUGUAUUGCAGAUGAUAAUGGAAACAGGGUUGUGAAGAAUUUCAGAGACGAUGAAGAUGAACCGAAGUAUUUGGUGGUUUAAUUGGGUUGUAGUUACAAGAUCUGGUGACUUGGAGCUGCAAUUGAAGCUUGAUGGGUUGCUGUUGAUGUUGAUCUGAUGAUUGUAGGAGCAGCUGUAAUAUGUUGGUAUUGAGAAUGGCUGUGUGCUGCUGGCAGAUUCACAAUUCAGAUGAACGUGCAGUUGGUGAAAAUCAGUUAUGGAGAUGUUGCUGGUGCUCAUGGUUUGUGCUGAGUUGCUCGAGUGUUCAUGAUGCAGAGAUGGGUAUUUGUUCUUGGUGGUUGGAAGUGACAGAUAAGUUGAGAUUGAAGCUGUGGAAGCUGGAUAGUGUGCAACAGUUGCAGUGGUGGUUGUGGUUGCGUGAGAUGGAAAUGGAAGAAUGGCUUGGGUCAGUGUUCGCAGUCACAAUGAAUGGAAGAAAAUGUUGUUUUUAAUGGAGCUGAUAGAAUUCGCAGUUGAUGGCGGUAACUGCAAUGGAUUGGAGUUGGAUUUGGAUUUGCUGUAAUAGUGUGGUCGUUUGGCUGCGACUCAAGAGUAUGCAGGAAUGCGAAAGAAGAGCUUGAAUGGUUGAGCUUGAGCUGGUGAUAUGAACAAGGAAGUUAAGGAAUUACAGGGAAUAUCUAAUGCAGACAAGAUAAAAGAGCUUGGCAGUGAUGGCCUUGUUGCAGCUGUUGUGUUGUAUGUAGGAUUGGGAAGUAUGCUGUUAAUGCUGGAAAUGCUUAGAACAUAGAUUGUGCAGUUGAGAACAAAUCCAAGGAAUUGAGUGAGUUGUAUGCAGUAAGUACAAGAAUGAGUUGAUGAUUGUGCAAGGUUGUGCUGAAGGUUUUGAGCUGAGAAAGGAGGAAAGGUUUGGCAGUUGCUAGUGAAGCAAGUUGUUGUUGGUGCUGAGAUACCGCAGCAGUGGACUGGCUAAUGAAUAGCAGUUACAACUAGGCAUGAUGCAGAUGGAAGUGUUGUUUGCUGAAGCUAGCAAGAGAAGAACAAGAAGGUACUAGUGCAAUUGCAGAAAGGAUAUGAUGGUUGUUUGCAGGGGAUUAAGUUAGCUGAUGCUGGUGAAGUUGCUGAGAGUAUGAGGUUGAUGGUGCAGCACAAGCUCUAGCCUGUGCAAGAUGGAUUUGGCCUAGAACCAAGUCAGCUGAGUUAGCCAUGAGUUAGACCCUGACUCAACUAGUCGACUCGGCCUUAACUCAGUUGAUUCAUCUUGACUCGGUCUGACUUCUGAGCUGACCCAUUUGAACAGUUUUGACCGGUGGCUUUUACAGUCACCUGAGAUGACUUUCCCGGUCAAAUUCAGGCCGGUGACCCCAGUUUUCCGGCGAAUACUUUUUGGCAAGAAUUUUAUUGGGUCAUUUAUACACAUUGUUUUAUGGGCUUGGUGGACUUUUUGGUAAUGGACUUUUGGAGAUUGGACCUAAUUUUAGAAGUUGGAGAAAAGCUACAAAAGGAAAGUUUUCUACAACUUUGGAAAUGAGGUACUUAUAGUCACAUGGAAGGAGCAUACUGGAGCAGUGGAUACGGUUUUCAACCUCCUCAAUACUAUGACGAUUUCCCACCAUCUACGGAAUACGAUCGGAACCAAUUUAUUGGCUAUGAUCAAUAUCCAAGAGCUUAUGGUGAUUUUCAUACAUACCAACAACAACCUUGCAGUGGGUAUGUAAGUCAAGCACCUAGGUGGGACAAUUCUACUUCCAAUUUGCUUUAUGCAAGAUGUAUGAAUGCUAUAAAUGGACUGAACAUCGCACAAACCGAUCUCUGCAACACUUUCUCUUAACCGACUCCUGAUCGUAGUUAUGAUCAUUCACCCAUUCAACGGGAAGAGUCAUGGGAAAGAGAACCUAUGUAGUCAAUGGUGGUAAGCGUGUGAACGUCAGGAAACUUGCACAGAAACUAUAUAAGUUGGAAGAUGAGGGAACCUCGGAAGAGCUUGUCGCAGAAAUUAGGAGGACCAUUCAUAUGGAACUUAAACGACGUCGUGAUAAAGGAUGUGAAACCGAUAAAGAUUCUUACUACGAUGAGUCUGAAAAUGAAGAUGAUUGUGUUGAAAAAGACCAAUCUUUGGAGAUAUUUGGUGACAUUAGUGUAGUUGACUCAACACUUAAUCUUUAUAAUGAUCAAGCACCUAUUCAAAAGGUACACAAGUAUGAUGAAACCAGUGUUUUACAGAAUUUCCUUACAACAAGAUUUGAGUCUAAUGAAGAGGAGUAUGUUGAGAAUGAGACCGUUAUGACAAAUAUUGUGGAAGACCCAAUUGAGCUUGCAAAGGAUUGUAAUGAAGAUGUUGAUGUUGAGACUUUGGUUAAGGCAGAAACGGACGAAGAAUGGUUGCAAGGUUUGAUAGAGGACCACGAUAUGCAAGAGGUAAGUAAUUCACGUGAAUUCUUUAAGGAUGAAGAGGAUACCAUAACACAAGAGUUGCAAGGUUUGUCUAACCCUUUGCCUAUUAAUCCUCCUCCUUUACCUCUUAUUGGCUUGAAUGUAUGUGCUUCGAGAAUAUUGUUAAAUGACUUUGUUUCUCGAUAUCCUCCGUUAGAAACAUUUGAUUCUCAUACUACAGAUGUUUGCAAAGAAGAAACCAUAGAAGUUCCUGAUUUUUAUGUUCUGUAUACACUUCCAAGUGUAAACAAGAAUAAGUUUGGGGGAAACUUCUAUCGCUUAAUAGCUUCAGUUCUGUUUUAUCGUACUAAUAUUUGUGUGAAGCUAAUAUUUGCAAAACAGGUUACAUGGAAGGAUCCCCAACUAUUCAGAUUAUUGGUGUAUGGGGAAUUCGUCUUGCAAGUCGGGCUGACAACUUUAAACCAAGUGUUGCACAGCAGGCAAUCCACUAGUUUUGUAUCUCUUAUCUUUUAAUAUUUCUUGUCUUGUUUUUGUUUAUUUUCUUGUCUUGUUUUACUUUUUCUGAUUUCUUGUUGCAUAUCAUUAUAAGAUUUCCCACCUUGACUUUCUUUGGACGAUUCAAUUUACAUUGAGGACAAUGUAAAGUUUAAGUGUGAGGGAGUGGUUAAGCAUUUGCAUUGUAAAAAAUUUCAUGAAAUUUUCAACUUAUGUGUAAAAUGGUGAAUAAAAAGCUCCAACUUGUAGUUAGUUUAGAGUCACAUAGUAUACAUGUCGCUAAGAUUACAUCGAGAUUCUCAUAAGAGUGACU